AUGGGGACAAUAGGAUGGAGAAAUCAAACAAUUGUGAGAGAAUUCCUUCUGCUAGGAUUUGGUGAUCUCCCAAAACUGCAAGUUCUUCUCUUCCUGGUAUUUUUGAUCAUUUAUUUGGUGACUCUGUCUGGAAACCUCCUAAUGGUAAUCCUCAUUGUAGCUGCUCGGCAACUGCACACUCCCAUGUAUUUCUUCUUGGAGAAUCUUUCUUGCUUAGAAAUCUGCUACAGCACAGCUAUUCUUCCACGUUUGCUGGCCAGUUCCCUGACUGGGGUGAAAAACAUUUCAUUUGGAGGUUGCUUUGUACAGUAUUAUAUGUUUGCUUGCCUAGCUGGGACUGAGUGCUACCUCCUUUCUGUGAUGUCUUAUGACCGGUAUUUAGCAAUCUGUAAACCAUUGCAUUAUGCAGUCCUAAUGAAUGACAGGUUAUGCUUCCAGCUCUCAGCUGGAUCCUGGGCAUGUGGACUUUUAGUGAGCACCGUUACAACCAUAUUGAUGUCAUGGUUAUCCUUCUGUGGCCCCAAUGAAAUUGAUCAUUAUAUAUGUGAAUUAAAGUCAAUGCUAAAACUCUCCUGUAGUUACACCUAUGGGACAGAACUCACAAUAUUUAUUUUUGCCUGUACAUUCACUGUCCCCCCCUUUCUACUCACAACAGCCUCCUAUAUUUAUAUCAUAAGAACAGUCUUAAGAAUUCCAUCCAGAAUCGGAAGGAAGAAGGCAUUUUCCACCUGCUCCUCUCACCUCUUUGUAGUUGGCCUUUUCUACGGGACUCUCAUAAUUGUUUAUAUGCUUCCAAGAAUCUGCAUUCUGGGACAGCUCAAUAAAGUCUUUUCUCUCUUCUACACUGCUCUCACUCCUAUGGUGAAUCCACUCAUAUACAGCCUGAGGAACAAAGAUGUGAAGGAAGCUUUAGAGAAACUCCUUGGGAAAAUGACCAACCUGAGAAACACGGUUGAGAAUCCAGCUUGGAAAAUGGCAGCAGGUGGGUUGGGAAAUUAA